AUGUCAAAAUAUAAGGCAACCUUUGCAGGAAUUCUUGGUCUUGUAUAUACUGCUCUACUUAUUUAUGUCAUAAAAUAUAGAAUUCAAUAUCGCAUUCUAAUUGGUGACGGUACAAACGAACUGCUAAAGGAGAUCGCCAACAAGAAAGAAGGGUCAUCUAUUGACACAAGAAAAUACGCAAAGCUUCUAGCAGCAAUCAGAGCUCACUCCAACUUUAUUGAAUACGUACCAAUUCAAUUGAUAUUGGCUGCCAUUCUUGAAAUCCAAGGUGUCGACAAGUUUAAACUCAAACUAUUACUCUGUGUCUUCACAAUCGGUAGAAUUGCUCAUCCACUGGGAAUAAUGAAAUCCGAUGCAAAAGGAAUUGGAAGACCAAUCGGUACUUUAAGUACUAUUGGAACACUUGUUAUUUCUUCUUUAGCAAAUAUUUGUAUUGCAUAUCCCCUAAUAUGUUCUAAACAAUAA